CGUCUGCUCCCCCCACCCCCCAGCUGCGGGACCACCUUGCUCACCCGCUGCCUUGCUGUGUCGCAGACUUUCCGCCUGUACCGGGAAUACAAGGACCAUAUUCUGGUGAAGGCCUUCAUGGAGUGCCAGAAAAGGAGCUUGGUCAACCGGCGCCGCGUCAACCACAUGCUCGGCCCGAAGAAAAACCGGGCUCUGCCCUUCGUGCCCAUGUCCUACCAGUUGUCCCAGACCUACUACAGGAUCUUUACUUGGCGAUUUCCAAGCACCGUCUGCACAGAAUCGUUCCAGUUUUUCAAGAAAAUCCUGGCCGCCGGCAAGUUGGACCAGCCUGAUAAUUUUUCCUUCAAAGACCAGGAUAAUAAUGAGCCUGCACGCGACAUGGUGGCAUUUUCUCUGGACGGCCCCGGAGGACACUGUGUGGCCGCCCUGACCCUCUUCUCUCUGGGCCUCAUUUCCGUGGACGUCCGGAUCCCGGAGCAGAUCGUGGUGGUGGACAGCUCUAUGGUGGAGAACGAGGUCAUUAAGAGCCUGGGGAAGGACGGGGGCUUGGACGAGGAUGACGACGAAGAGGAAGACCUGGACGAGGGCUCUGGGGGCAAGCACCGGGCCGUCGAGGUGAAAGCCCGCCAGGCCUCCCACACCAACUACCUGCUGAUGCGGGGCUACUGCGCGCCCGGCAUCGUCAGCACCCGCAACCUGAACCCCAACGACAGCAUCGUGGUGAACUCCUGUCUGGUGAAGUUCCGGCUCCGCCGCACCCCGGCGCCCACCCGGCUCUGGCCCAUCGUCACAUCUCUGGAAGAGCUCCCCGUGGGAAUAUCCUGCCUCCCCGACACGUUCACCAGGCUGAUCAACAGCCAGGAGGGCCCCUGCAGCUUGGAUGAGUUUGUCCACCAGGUGGAGCUGUCCGGGUAUGAACCUGGAGACGUGUGCGCGGCCCUGGAGGUCCAGGGGGCCAUUGCAGCCACGGGGUGCUUCGGGGUAGACCGAGUGGAGCUGAGCAGGUGGUUCUCCGCCUUCGAGGGGACAGAUGGCGAGCGCACCAGGACCUUCGCAGACUACGUCCAGGACCUCUUGGAGUACCACCAGGUGGUGGAGGUCGGCGGCAACACUGUUCGCCUGGUGGCCAUGGCCUCUGCCCAGCCCUGGCUCCUGCACUCAGUGCGGCUAAAAGGCAAAAAGGAGGAUGUGGACGCUCAAAGAGAAGACCCCCGGAGCCCCCGGAGCACCAAGAGGCGUGCCAGCUGGACGAGCAGCGAUGUGGCCCAUCAGGGUGGGGAAACCGACCUGGAGAGUCCCCAGAAGCCCCCCGCUAAGAGGCCCGCGCUCCAGGAUGUGCGCUUGGCCCUGAGCCCCAGGCCCAGAGCAGAAGAGGAGCCGGAAGCCCCGGCCCCUGCUCCGCCAGCAGCUCCCGGAGACGCAGGCGUGAAGGAGCCUGCCCCGGGGGCGCUGGAGGCCGGGCAAGAGUUCCAAGAGAAUCUGAGGGCAGCCAGCCCUCUAGGCCAGGAGCCGCUAAGCUGUCAGGCCCAGCUUCCAGAGGGAUCUGAAGACCCCAGAGGUUCGGCAGAGAGUUCUGUGGCCGGCAGCCUGUCCCAGGCAGCAUGGGAAAAGGACUGCGAGGGCAUCUCGUUCGUCGCCCGCCCGUGGCGCAUCGUGGACGGCCACCUGAACGUGCCGGUGUGCAAGGGCAUGAUGGAGGCCGUCCUCUACCACAUCAUGACCAGGCCCGGCAUUCCCGAGACCUGCCUGCUGCAGCACUACCAGGGCGUCCUGCAGCCCGUCGCCGUGCUCGAGCUGCUGCAGGUGCGGCCGGGCCGUCGGGGGGGUUUCUAGGAUGGGCCUGAGGGUGCCGAGACUACCCCCCCCCCCGGGAGUCCUACCCCCCAGCCCUGCCGAGA